UGGUCACGUGACAGGAAGCAAAGACAAACACGGAAGCGCAGUUCUUCUGCGGGUAACUGUAGUUUUCUUUUUUUCUGUUACAUUUCUCUUUAAAUUGUCAAAUACUGAAGGACAGCCAACGUGGAGUAUUAGGUUCGUGGAUGUUGUCACGUGACACGUGGAUAAAGAUUAUUGUUUUUAGUCACCAUGGUGGAGCCCACGCCUUCUGACGUUUUCUGUAACAAGAUGCUCAGCAUGGUUAACUCUGAGGAUGUGAACGCCAUCAUCCAGGCUCAGAGACACAUGCUUGAUCGUUUUGAGAAGACCAAUGAAAUGCUGAUCAACUUUAAUGGACUAUCAAAUGUGCGACUGCAGCAGAUGAACGAGCGCUUCCUGCUACACACCCGCACCCUGGUGGAGAUGAAGAAAGAUCUGGAUAGUAUCUUCAGAAGGAUCAGAACUUUAAAAGGGAAGGUUGCCAAGCAAUACCCAGAUGCUUUCAGCAGUAUCCAUGAGUCACCCAUCUUGGAGGACGACGCUGAUGAUUUUAACCCAAUUCCUCCAAAUGUUGCUACAGCAACUACAAUGGCCACCUCUGAGCAGAGCACAGAGUCUUGUGACACAAGUCCGGAUGUAAUCUCACCAACUGCAAGCAGAUGCUCUGAAGAUCUCUCUCAGGAGCCACCGGAUACACCCACCUCUGAUGUCCCAGAUAUAGCGGUUCUGCAGGACGAGGGGCCUGACUCUGUACCUGUAGAGUGAACGGCCUGCAAAUGGAUUUAUAGCUAAAGAAAGUUCUACCAAAAGGAAUGAUUAAAAAAACAAAA